AUGUGUGUGCGGGUAAGUGGGAAAGUGCCACCUGCACCCCACCAACUUCCCCCCCACCAUGCCUUCAGCGACAUAGUCGCCGCGAAAACGGCGCGUUGUCUUCCGCUUAUGCUGCAGCAGGACCUGCAGAGCUCGCUGCAGCAAGAGCAGCUGGGGAAGUCCCCCCGACAGGCUGCCGAUUGGGCCUUCUCGUACUAUCAGCUACCUCUUUUUACUGGUUUUCAUGGUCAACAGCAAGCAAUUGCGAGGAAGAGCGACACGCCCAGCAGGAGCAGCGGGAGGCGCAGCAGCAGCAACCUCAAAAGCACCACCAGAAACCGCAGUGAACAGCCCAAGCCUGCUGCAUUGCCCUCAACAUGGACAUUUGCACUCGAGGAAAUGCGCUUUUCGCCUGAUGUUGUGGAAGAUGUAGCGUGGUCUGUCAACAGAUAG